CAGCAGGGCGAAGAGACGUCUCGCGUAGCGGUGAAAAAAAUUGCCGACAGAAGCUUGAAGUCACACCAAAUAUGUCUUCAGUUCAGGGUUUUAGAAAUUUUAUAAGUGACCGCUUGAGCGCAGCCGCGGAGGAAAUCUUCCGAGUGUUUGAGAAGACUGUCGUCCACUACGAAGAGGAGAUCAGCCGUCAGCGCAGACUGCUGGACGGAGCGCAGAAAGCACAAAAACACACUUCUGAGACACAAGUAAUCCCAGCCGAGACAGCCAUAACAGAGCAAGCGGUCUUUGGGGAGGAAGAGGAGGAGGGGGGUGGAGAGGAAGAUGAGGAGGCGACUCCACAGCAGCUGUCUGACCAGGAGAGGAGUUCCAGUGUGGAACCGGAGGAACACAUUAAAGAGGAAGAGGAGGAUCUGUGCAUCUCACCGCAGGGGGAGCAGUCUGUGAGGAAGGAGGGCGAUUGCUUCAUGCUGACCUUCACCUACGACGAACACAGCGGAGAUGAAGCUGCCACUCCCGUUUCACAGCCAAACCCCAACGACUCUGCUGUAACCGAGACCCAGACUCAGAGAGGAGGCUCGUUCGCAGAGUUUGAGGUUCCCUCCAGUGAUCUCUCCGGUCAAAUGUCAAUAAAAUGUCCAAUUUGUGGGAAAGGCUUUAGGUUCAAGUCCAGAUUGUUCCGACACCUGAGAAUCCACACAGACCUGAAGGAGUACUCCUGCAACAUCUGUGACAAAAGCUUCACUCAGAAAUCGGCGCUGAACGUCCACAAGAGAACACACACAGGCGAGAAGCCGUACACCUGCAAAGUGUGCGGGAACAGCUUCACGGACACGUCCAUCCUGAACCGCCACAUGAAGAGGCACACGGGCGACAAGCCCUACCAGUGCAGCCUCUGCGGCAAGAGCUUCUACGAGCUGUGCGGCCUGAACAACCACACCAGGAUCCACACCGGCGAGAGGCCGUACUCCUGCAAGAUCUGCGGGAAGGACUACCGGUACCGCGGCGACCUGUCCGUCCACAUGAGGAGACACGCCAGCAAGAAGCCCUUCGAGUGCGUCGUCUGCGGGAAGGGCUUCUACGUGGCGGCCUGCUUGGCCAGGCACGUGGUGUCGCAUGCCGCCGCCUUGCCUGCAGCGGCGGCGGGCGCGGCCUUAGAAACGCAAGAGCCUGCGGAGGGAGAGAGCUCACAGCUGUUCUGUUGAACAGGCUCAAGUUCGUUAUUCAUGAAACUGUUUCACUGCGACGUCCUUUGAGUCAAUCAUUUCAAAGCAACGGGAGGUCAGGGUCAUGGGAAUGACUUUUCCCAGCAUAAUGUCCUUUAAAAGGAAGAUACUUAUGUGGAGAGUAAAGCUAUAUUUUAUAAAAAGAAGCACUUUUGAAGUGAAUUUAGACUAAUUCCUUGUCUAGUGUUUCCAGCUUGUCCUCUCUCACUUUCAAAACUCCUGGUCUACAAUAACCACCGCCAGUUAAUCAUUACUCUCUGAAAAAUUGUUACACUCUUGAAAAGUUGUAUAACAUACAUGCAUGCUUCCUUUAACCGUUCAAUGCUUUGUGAGACGAGUGGAUUACAGGCUCUGAUUUUAAGUUGAGUUUUAUUGUGUUUUAAAGUUAAUAAUUACACAAAGGAAACAGUACAUUACUGAAAGAAAGAUACUAAAGACUUCCGUCAGUGUGAAUUUUCCAGCGUAUCAAUGAGAAAAUGCAGGUUCCUGAUCUGGUUUGUGUGAAUCCGAUUCAGAGUUGUUUUUCGUGUAUUCCACAUUUGCAGAUGUUUGCUUAACCGAGACUGUAAUUUUUGUACAGCUGUAUUUCAGAGC